AUGUUUGUGCAAGUGAAGAUCGAGCUAGGUCACAGGGCCUCUGUGCGCACAAAUCCAACAGAGAAUGGUUUCACUCAUGACUGGACUGUAUUUGUACGAGGACCCGAUGGUUGUGAUAUCGCUCACUUUAUUGAGAGAGUGGUAUUCAAUCUUCACUCAAGCUUCACAAACUCCAAACGAAUGAAAACAUCUCCUCCUUACUUUGUGUCAGAGUCUGGAUAUGCUGGAUUUAACUUGCCGAUAGAUAUUUAUUUUAAAAACAAAGAAGAGCCACGUAAAAUUCGUUACCAGUAUGAUUUAUUUCUGAGAAUGGCAGACAACCCUCCUGUAAACCAUACUAGGUGUGAAAAACUCACAUUCCAAAAUCCUACUGAGGAAUUCAAAAAGAAAUUGCUGGAAGCUGGAGGGAUUGUUGUCUACCCAAAUGGAGAGAAAGAAAAUGGCCAGUUUACGGACCUGUUUGGCCCACCUAUCCACACGGACACUGUUAAGAAAUCUAAGCACUCAUCCAAGUCAAAAGGCAGUUCCACUCUUUCUGGGAAGUCCAUACCUGGGUCUAGUUCCAAGGACUCUUCAAAUCAAAACAGCUCUUCUUCAUCAUCGUCAGGUACCUCCAGUCAAACAGUCACUUCCAACACCACUUCUAGCACUACCAUCUCAAGUGAAAGUUCUUCUAAAUCUCAUAAAAGUUCUUCUAAGGACAAACAUUCCUCGUCUUCCCAGAAAAGGUCAGCUGAUACCUCUCAUGAAGAGGGUGGCAAGAAGAUAAAAAAAAGUUCUUCAGGGUCCUCCCCAUCUGAUGUCAAGGAUAAACAUGGGGAAAAGUCAUCAGAUAAAAACAAACAUUCUUCUUCUUCAAAGCAUAAGGAAUCCUCUUCAAAGGAUAAAGAAUCCUCAUCGAAGGAUAAAGAGUCUUCUUCAAAAGAAUCCAAGGAGAAAAAUAAUUCAUCUAAAGACAGUUCAUCAUCAUCAAAACAUAGAAAUAAAUCUUCAUCUUCUAAAUCUCACAAAUCUGAUAAAGAUAAAAGUAAAUCCUCGAAAAGUAGCAGACAUGAAAGCAAGCGUGAAUCAGGAAAAGAAGACACCAAAUCUAAAGUGAAAAGUGAAACUGUUUCAUCUAGUGCUAAGGUGAAAACUGAAGUAGAUGUGAAAUCUGAGAUCAAAAGUGAAACUCAUACAUCGAGUAAAAUAAAGACAGAAAUUAUGGAGGAGAAAAUGAAAUCUGAACCUAUUGUUAGUGAAAAGAACAGCUCUCCUAGCAACAAAAAUUCUUUUUCAAAAGAAAUGUACACCAAAGAGAAAGUACCAUCUCAUGGAAAGAAGAAAAAAGAAAAAUCUCAAAGGUCAGGGUCAUCACAGCCACCAAUCAAACGAAAGCGGAUUAUUUCUGAUGAUAGUAGUUGUGAGGACAGCAGUAGUGACAGUUCGUCUUCAUCAGAGGACAGUAUAGAACAGGAUGUAGAGGAGCCAGAACUUCGUGACUUACAUCAGUCAAGAUUGACCCACAGUGAUAGUGACGACAGUCUAAAUGAUGAAAAUGAUGAUGGUGAAGAGAGUACAACCAGACCAAGUUCAGUGGCCUCAAACUCUUCUAUGGCCUCCACUAACCCCUCUCCACAACCCACAAUCCAACAGCAAACAAAGCGUGCUCUUCAUAGACUCAUGCAAGAUUUGAGUGACCAAGAUGAUGAUGACGAUGAUGAUGAAGAUGAUGAUAAUUUGAUUCCUCAAGCUUUUCGUUCCCCCAUUAAAACUUUUUCACCUUCCUCUGUGAAGAGUUCUCGAGCUUCACCAGGAUCUGUUAAGAGUGCUAAAAGUUCUUCAUCUCCUGCUGUGAAAUCAUUGAGAAUGGAUUCUCCUUCAUCUCAGAAAACAAUGAAAGAAAGUUCACCAUCUAAUUCAAAAAGUAUUUUAUCCCCUCAUUCCCAGAAGAGUUCCAAAUCUAGUCAUCAUUCCACCAAUGAGUCUAAAGAUCAUUCCUCCACAUCAACACCUUCAACUCAGUCUUCUCAAAGGAAAUCAUCUAAAUCAUCUUCAUCAUCUUCUAAAAACAAAAGUGAAAGUAAAUCUGACAGCAGCAAAAAAGACAGAGGAAACUCUAGUGCUUCUGUUAGAGACAAAUGUGACACUAGUGUGAAAACAGAAAAUUCAGUCAAGGAGAAAAAGUCGAAAGAUAAGGAACGUAAGUCUUGUAAAGAGUCAGCUAAGCAGAGAAAAGCAUGUAAGGAAAAUAUUGCAGAAAAUCAAGAGAAUUCAUACCGGGAAGAAAGAUCUAACACUAAUAACAAUUAUACCACUGAAACACAUGAGUCAGAGCGAGACAUGAAUGGAAAUGGCCAUAUCAAUAUUGGAGACAUCUUGGAGCAGCAUAACCUUGGAAAUGCACCAAACGGGCAAGAUCUUGUCUCAUUAUUGGAUCUCCAUAAAAAACUAGAAACAAUGAAAGAUCGUGGCGUUCUUCAACAAAUUGUGACCAUAAUAUUAGAUACAGGCAAGUAUGAAAUUGGAGAAGCAUCGUUAGAUUUUGAUCUUUGUGCUUUGGAUGGCAAAACUGUAGAAAGACUUCGGAACUUCAUCGGUGGUGCAGCAUCCUAG